AAAGGGAGUGUAUUUGAAUGCUUGUGAUUGGUAAGCUUUGCAAAUGCAUCUGCCAGCAGGACUUAAGUGGAAUGUGAAACCAAAUCAUUUACAAGUUAAAGAUAGACACAGAGAAAGCAGCAUCUUGAGCCGGGGUUUAAAUUCAUUUUCCCUUUGACUUCUAGUUUGGGAACUUUCCUUUUUGUCUCCUCAAGGACUCUAUUAGUAUUUCUUCAGACAAUACAACAACUCUUAGGGCAGUGGAAUUAUCAGGUUGUCAGAAGACGAUGGUUCAUGCUGCAGGAAUGAUUGAAGACUGUGGGAAAAGGGGAACUACCAUGGCAGAAAGGAGGCAGCUGUUUGCAGAAAUGCGGGCUCAAGAUCUGGAUCGCAUCCGUUUAUCCACCUACAGAACUGCAUGCAAGCUUAGAUUCGUACAGAAGAAAUGUAAUUUGCACCUAGUGGACAUUUGGAAUGUAAUAGAAGCACUGCGGGAAAAUUCUCUGAACAACUUGGAUCCGAACAUAGAACUGAACAUAGCUCGACUGGAAGCUGUAUUAUCCACAGUUUUUUACCAACUCAACAAACGCAUGCCAACAACCCACCAAAUCAAUGUAGAGCAAUCCAUCAGUUUACUCCUCAACUUCUUACUCGCAGCUUUUGAUCCAGAAGGACAUGGAAAAAUAUCUGUAUUUGCUGUCAAAAUGGCUCUGGCAACACUAUGUGGAGGAAAGAUCAUGGAUAAAUUAAGAUAUAUUUUCUCCAUGAUUUCAGACUCCAGUGGUGUAAUGGUUUAUGGAAGAUAUGACAUGUUUCUUCGAGAAGUUCUUAAGCUUCCCACUGCAGUCUUUGAAGGUCCUUCUUUUGGCUACACAGAACAAUCAGCAAAAUCCUGUUUUUCUCAACAGAAAAAAGUCACGUUGAAUGCUUUCUUGGACACUCUUAUGUCUGAUCCUCCACCACAGUGUCUGGUCUGGUUACCACUUCUGCAUCGGUUGGCAAAUGUUGAGAAUGUCUUCCACCCUGUUGAGUGUUCCUACUGCCACAGCGAGAGCAUGAUGGGAUUUCGCUAUCGAUGCCAGCAGUGUCACAAUUACCAGCUCUGUCAGGAUUGCUUCUGGAGGGGACAUGCCAGUGGUUCCCAUAGCAACCAGCACCAAAUGAAAGAAUACACGUCAUGGAAAUCACCUGCUAAGAAGUUAACGAAUGCACUUAGCAAGUCUUUAAGCUGUGCUUCCAGCCGUGAACCUUUGCACCCAAUGUUUCCAGACCAGCCUGAAAAACCUCUAAAUUUGGCUCAUAUUGUGCCUCCCAGACCGGUCACCAGCAUGAAUGAUACACUGUUUUCCCAUUCUGUUCCCUCAGGAAGCCCUUUUACAAACAGAAGGUUACUUGAGAAUAUAAAUGUAGCCAGUCCUGAGGCUGAUGAGCAUUCUCUUAUAAAGCUGUAUGUAAAUCAGCUUCACAAGAAUUCACGCUCUCCUUACAAGAAUAAUGAAGUAGAGCAGAACAAAUUGCUGGCUAGGGCUGCUCCAGCUUUUUUGAAAGGCAAAGGGUUACAGUAUAGCCUCGAUGUUGCAGACAGGCUGGCUGAUGAACAUGUUCUCAUUGGGUUGUAUGUCAACAUGCUCCAGAACAACCCCUCACGUUUGAUGGACAGUCCAAACCGUCUAGAUGAAGAGCACAGACUGAUCGCCAGGUAUGCAGCAAGAUUGGCAGCAGAGACUACAUCAUCACAGCAGCAACCACAGCAGCAGCAGAGAGGAGCUCCAGAUAUCUCAUUCUCUAUUGAUGCAAAUAAACAGCAAAGACAGCUUAUUGCAGAACUUGAAAAUAAGAACAGAGAAAUCUUACAGGAGAUUCACAGGCUGCGGCUUGAACAUGAGCAGGCAUCUCAGCCCACUCCGGAGAAAGCAGCCCAGAAUCCUACUCUCCUGGCAGAACUCCGCCUCCUUAGACAAAGGAAGGAUGAGCUGGAACAGAGGAUGUCUGCUUUACAAGAAAGCCGGAGAGAGCUCAUGGUUCAGUUAGAAGGCCUCAUGAAACUGCUCAAGACCCAAGGAGCAGGCUCCCCUCGUUCUUCUCCCAGCCACACUAUCAGUCGGCCUAUUCCUAUGCCCAUCAGAUCUGCAUCUGCUUGUUCUACACCAGCCCACACACCUCAGGACUCCCUGGCAGGCGUGGGAGGAGAUGUGCAGGAAGCUUUUGCACAAGGUGCAAGAAGAAAUUUAAGAAAUGACUUGCUAGUAGCAGCAGAUUCUAUUACCAAUACUAUGUCUUCGCUGGUGAAAGAACUCAACUCAGAAGCUGGAAGUGAAACAGAGAGUAAUGUGGAUUCUGAGUUUGGCCGGACCCAUUUUGAUGACCUUGUUCCAUCACCAACUUCUGAAAAGGCUUUCCUUGCACAGAUCCAUGCCCGGAAGCCAGGAUACCUUCACAGCACAGUGGCUAGCGGGACCAUUCGCAGUGAUAUGGUUACAGAAGAUGGAGACCCCUAUGUCAGAGCAGAUGAUGAGAACUAUGAAAAUGAUUCUGUGCGCCAGCUAGAGAAUGAACUCAAGAUGGAGGAAUAUUUGAAACAAAAGCUGCAGGAUGAAGCUUAUCAGGUCAGCUUGCAAGGAUGAAUACCCCAUCCUUGUAUUACUCUCCUCUGAGGUGACAAGCUGCAAUCAAAUAGACAAAGGAAGCUACAUGAGAACUGACAAGGAGGAGAGCUGUAUUCCAGCUGCUGACAGAGAGCUUCCCUGAUAACUUCUCAGAAGAAGUGCAACAACAAGCGCAGCACCUCUGACAUCAGAUAAACCAACUCAUUUUGAAGACUGUAGCACAUUACUUUUGUUCUACAAGUUGUAGUUUGUAGGUGUUUGUUUUGAAGAAGAAAAAAGACGUUUUAUUUAAAGCUAACUUAUAGCAGCUACAUCUUAUGUAACAUGGCUCAUUACUGGUGAAGAACACAGACUGACAAAAAAAAGAUUGCUGUUACAAUUAACAGCAGUACUAACAAAAUACUCAAGCCCUUUGCACAUAAUAUUGAACCUGUUCAGUUUACAAUGACAAUAUUACUGCUGUUUAUAGUAGGCAUUUGUUUUCUGAAUAGUUUGAGAUUUUAGAACAUUUUCCUAUACACUGUACAUUAUUUUUCCACAGCGGAAAUUUUAAAAGCUACAAUGACACAUUUAACACUGAAUGAAUAUACUCCUGAGUGUAUAUAUUUAUAUCCCCAAAACUAAGUAUCUGACUAUAAUUGCAGUCUGGCACCCAGUUCUGUGUUCUUAAACACCAUCUAUUUUGGUGGGACUAGAGUCCAUAAUGAGGUACAGGAUGGCAAGCUUAGAUUGCAGUUUGUUUUACAGUCUUUCUGCAAGAAAAAGAGAGAAAGGCUUUUACAAAAUGGACUGAAAGUAUCUCUAUGAUUUAGGGCUACUACAUAAUUUAGGAAUGUUUUGUUUUGAUGUACUCAAACAAAUCAGCCAUAUGAGUUAGUGUAAAUAUUUUCUUUCCAAAUAGAUACCAUAUACAAAAGGCAACAUUCAGAUGAUAUAGAAUCUAGUUUUUAAAAUCAGCACAGAUCUUCUUAAAACUGUGAACUAUGUUUUGAAAUACUCGUUGCUAAAGCUGUUUAUAAACCACAGGUGCCAUAAAAUCCCAAAACUGACUCACAUUAUGUAUUCUCUUCCAUGAUAUUGUUUUAUUGCUGUUUUAGUAAGCAUGUGCUCUUUCACUUUUCUCCAUUCUUCAUAUACUGUUUGUUGAGGCCUUCAGCUUUAAAUGUACAGGCUUUAAAAGUGCGCUUGCAACUAUUACCUUUUAUUUCUGAAUGUGCAUUGCCUUAGCCAGCCACCAGAUGUUCUGCAUGCAUUCUUGGAAAUGUGUAGUGAGACUUUCUUUCAGGCUGAAUGGGGAUUUGGCUAUCUAUGAAAAGCACAGGGGAGAAGUGUGUCCAUUUAAAAAAGAUAAUUACAAAAGUGUCCCUUUGAGUAGCAUCCUAUUUUAACUAUAAUGGGGGAUGACAGAGAAAGGGAGUGGGCUUUUUGGACUAUUGGGGUUAUAAAAAGAAGAAAAUGUUGUAGUGAGGUUACUCAACCAUCGUUAUACUGUGAAUUAGUUAGUAACGUCUCUCACCAAAUCUCUUUUCACUAGGAACAAAACAGAAAAUAAUCAAGAAAUUGCCAAGGACUUGUUAAAGUACUUCAUAGUACAAGUAUCUGAAUUUCAAGCAUCAGUUCAGAACAGGUUCUCCAGUUUGACAGAAGCAGUAUAGAAAGUGUGCUGUUAUAAACAAAUAUAUUUAACUUCAAUGAAGCUGGUCCCAAAGAGUUUGUGUACUAUUUGUCCAAAUGAGAAGCUUACCCUUUCUGCUGAUUCUACUGGGGAAGAGCACCAC